AGCUUGAGAGUCGUGUUCGUGAUCUCACUUUCAAAGAUAAGUUCAUUCACUUACGUACCAUUAAGGAUUGAAGAAAGAUGGCGUCUUUAACUUUCCUUUCUAUUUGUCUUUUUGCAACAGUUUUUAUAACUGUUUCUAGCCAAGACUUAUUAAGUACAUCCACCGCAGGGUGUUUGUAUCACGGGAAGUACUACCCUGUAGGUUCAUUCAAGCCCUCUGCUUGUCAACCUUGCCAGUGCACGUCAUCCGGUCAAGCAUUUUGUGCCAUCGUAGACUGCUUCUUCGGUGGCUGUGUCGAUGCCGUCCAUAAUCCGGACCAUUGUUGCCCAGUUUGCCCAAAUGGUCGAAACUGCAAAGCCCCAGACGGUACCAUUAUAAAACAUGGUGAUACAUACUCCACUGCUGAGAUGACUUGUCAAUGCUCCUCAUUUGGUACUUUGGCUACAUGCGCCCACAAGCUCCAACCAAUUCAAGUGGUGGACCCCCCAGCUGCCAGUUAGACUGGAGAUAUGGACACAAUAAAUACUAAAUGUAAUCAAUAAAUUCUUCAAAUGUAA